AUGGCAGCCGCUCUCGCGUUAAACCGCGCCAUCAUCCUCCCCAACGCGGCGGCAGCCCCCUGCGCCGGAUCGUCGUCAUCCUCAAGGUCUGUGCUCGCCGGCCUCGCGGAUCGCUGGCCCGGGCCGGUGGGUAAGAGGAGGCGGUGGUGGGGCGUCACCACCAUUCCAUCGCCGACGAGGACUUCUCCGGGGAGCCGAAUCGUGACUUCCUCAGCGGGGUUUCGGGCCGAUGACUCGUCGACGCCGUAUGAGAUGUCUCUGGAGAGCGCGUUGAAGCUACUGGGAGUGUCUGAGGGCGCAUCCUUUGAUGAAAUCCUCCGCGCGAAGAACGCCAUCGUCGCUUCCUGUAAGGACGACCAGGAAGCCAUCGCCAGGGUGCUGUCUGAAUCUUCUCAGUUUUAUUGAUUCUUCUCAGCAUACUUUUCUCUUAGAAUUGGGCAUUGUUAUCCAGUCGAUGCAUCAUAGAAAAUGCCUAUUUUUGAUCAUGAGCUCUGGGCAGCCUAGAUUCAUGGGCAGACGUCUUGCACCUCGUAAAAAAUUGAUGAAAUUUCAUCGAGGAAGUUGAAGAAACCGAAGCAGGUCCGUGAUUGAGGACCGAGGGCAUGCUCUAUUAACAGCAUGCGAACCUGAAUCUGCAGAAUGUCUCUCCUAACAAUCGCACGCAUUUCCCUCUUUUAGCUGAAUGCGGAUACAAUGGUUUUAAAUUAAGAUCACUCCUUUAGUCUGAUUACAAAUGGAGGGUUAAUUCGCCAAUAGAACAGGAGCAUCCCAACUUCUCUCAUUGACGACUCUAAGAGCUCGUUGUAGAAAUAAACAGCCCAUAUGUGUAACUCUGGCCGCAAUUCGUGGUACUCUAACUUUGAAUAAUUUCUUUCGGUACAAAUCUUUUCUUUCAGCUCUCAAUACAUCUUUAUUUUAACUAAAGCCCAUCAUAAAUCAUAUAUUUUGGCAUCUCUUGCGUCGAUAAAAAUUCUUUUUUGGUUUCCAUAAGUACCCAUAAAUUAACAAAUAUUUUCCUUUGGACGUGGUGCAGGUAGAGGCAGCAUAUGACAUGCUGCUCAUGCAGAGUCUGACCCAACGCAGGGCUGGAAAGGUUGUGAACAGUAGCAUUCGCUACGCUGAUGUCAAGCCUGCAAGAGUUCCAGGCUCAAGCUCCAUGCCUCAGUGGCUGCAAUCAACGGUCAAGAACGCCCCGGUCUCAAUUGAGUCUCCACCCACAAGAAACUUGGGUAUUCAAGGAGGGGUCUAUGGGGCGCUGAUGGUAUUCACCUUUGUGAGUGGCGCCUCCGCACCCACAGGAGGGGCAUACAAUGGAGCGGAUGUUCCAGGGCUCAUACUCGCCACUGGAUUUGGCGCCUCAUUGUACUUCUUGACGAAGAAGAACAUAAAUCUAGGUAAGCGACAGCCUGAGUUUCUCAAUUAAUCCCUAUGCUCACAGGUAGUUAUGCAGUAAACUGUGUGGUCUCUGAUUAGUGGCUUUUGAAAUCAAGCCUCUGUUCACUUACAGGUAAUUAGAAAUUUUCCCAUGUCUUAGAAAAACGCAGGAUCCUUUCGAUUCAAUGUGACCAUCUGCCGAUUUGUUACCCAUCUUCAUAAACCAUGAUUGUGGAAAUUGAUGUCGGGGUUUUAAGCAAGGAUUCCAACAUGUAGCUAUCUCAGACCCAGAUGCAACUUUCACGCAGUUCAUGUUUGCACGCAUAAAUGGUCUGAUUGAUAUGCUUGUUUACCACCCAUCGCUCCUAUACUUCUUGAAAUUGUCUGUGUUUGGAUGAUCAUAGUGCUCGUAGAUCUCCCUCCCUAAGAUCUCUAUCAAUUAGUCUUCACUCUGCUCCUUUCGACGUUUUGAUAUCUUAUCAUUUAGUUAGUCUGUGACAUUUUUCUCAUCUUAGAAAAUCUAAGCCAUGGUUUACAGAACGAGAAGAAUAGGCUUUGUCAUUUUAGGACCUGCACCACCCUCACAUUCUCUGCGAUGCCAUGCUCUAGGCCAGGGUAUAGUUUGAGAAGAUGAAUGACAGAGCUCCAUGGCGAAACUGCACCAGCUAUUGUUCUUGAGAUCCUAAUCCUCCUGCAGAGCAGGCUAGCAAGCCCUAAUGGCAUGAGCGGAUCAACAAGCCUAAAUUACCAAACGCGAAAGGGAAACUCCCCGCACCAUGCUUCAUCCUUAGGUGUCAAUUACAAAUGAUGGGUAUGGGGCAAAUUAACCUCACAGUUCUUCCAUGAAAAGCUAAUUUCGAGCCCAUCCUUAUAAGAUUCUGCCCUCUUCAUCCUCCCUCUGCGGAAAAUAUUUCACAGCUCAGAAGCAUAUACCCAGUAAUCUUUAUCUCUCCUCUUCUUUUUCUUUUCAGGGAAGGCGACCCUUAUAACUGCAGGGGGGCUCGUCGCUGGUGCGGUGGUGGGAUCUGUAGUUGAGCAAUGGCUGCAGGUCGACAUCGUACCCUUCUUCGGGAUUCAUUCUCCUGCUGUGAUUGUAAGCGAGUUCAUCCUCUUCUCCCAGUUCCUGGUCUCUCUGUAUCUUAGAUAG